AUGCAUCAUCAUCAGCCAAACAAUCCGAAUAGCAAUUCAUUCGUAUUUCCGAGAGAAGACAAUAGAAAGAAAAAUUCCAUCAAAACUCUCAGCGAAAUAUCUUACACCAAUCGAAAGCAGCAUCGAAUUGACAUUCAAAGACAGUCCUACAAGAACAAAAAGAAUGAAUUACUAAAUCAAUUAAAAAGAAAAAAGGAAACUGAUCAUGGCACAAGUAACGGACUCGAACUCGAUCUGUCUGUCGGAAACAUUGGAGUUUAUCUUGAACAAUUAUCCUCUUUAUCCAAUAAUUUGUCUCAAAAAUUGAGUGCCAUCAAGCAGUGCCGAAUGAUUCUUUCUAAAUGCUCUUCAGAAACGUUGAAUGAUAUUUUGAAUGAAUAUCCUCAGUUAGUUCAUGUAUUUCAUCAUCAUCUUACGAGCAAAUAUUCAGAAUUACAAUUAGAAUCUGCAUGGUGUAUUACAAAUAUUGCAGCUGUUAGAGAUGAUUGUGUGGCUUUUUGUAUCUCAACCUUAGUUCAAAUAAUUUCUAACUCUUUUAUUGACAUUGUUUUGCAAGAACAAUGUAUUUGGGCUCUUGGUAAUAUUGCUCUCGGAGUUCAUGAAGGGAAUAUUCUUCUUUCCACUGUGAUUGUGCAAAACGGAGCUAUUCCAUAUUUAGCCAACAUUAUUAGGGCUUGCAGAGUCAAUGAAGUCGUCAAAACAACACUGUGGUGUGCCUCUAACAUAAUCAAGAAUGAAUUAUUACAUUUGCAUACACAAAGUGAGCCACAACAAUUAAUUUGGAACUCGUUGGGAAAUUUAUAUGAACCAAUCAUCUACUUGUUGUUGAAAAGACAAGCAACAGAUGUGGAAAUCAUUUAUGAACUUCUUUUUGUUUUAACUUAUUUAACAGCCAUCCCUGUACAAUUUAGUGAUGAAUCUCACUCAAAGAAUUUUCUUUCUCAAAUGGCACAGAUUUGUGUUAAAUAUCUCAAACUACAGAAUUGUGCAUUUAAUGUGCCAAUAGUUCGAUUACUUGGAAAUUUGUUCAGCCAGGUUAACCUUUUUUCACUUUUGGAUCAGACAUUUGCAUUUGAGCUCAUGAAUUUGCUCAUUUCGUUGAAAGACAAGAACAAAGAAUGGUGCUACAUGAUGAGUAACAUCAGUUCAUUUGAAGAAAUCAACGAAAUACUUGUACAAAAUUACUCUCUCAUUGAGGUAAUGAAUCACAUUAUUGCGCAAGAUGCAUCCUCUAAUGAUAAGGAACUGCUUCGAGAAGCAACAAUUGCACUCAUCAACCUUGUUACAGCCAACCAAAACAAACACCUAACAAUACCAAUUGCACAGCUUAUUGCAAAACAGAUUGCACCCAAUUUUAUCGAUGACGAUUCUGAGCUAAAUCAACAAUUUAAGUCAAUACUGGAACAAUUUUGUGGAUAUGUCUCUGCCCUAUUUCCUUGUCUGUAA